AAAGAAGUGUUGGAGCAUAUCCUGGGUAUUGCGGAGCAUGUCAAGUUGAGGGAACAGUCGGUCAGGGCGGGGGUGGUGAGGGAUAAGGUGAAGGAAAAGUUGGAGGGGCAUGAGAGUGGGAGGCAGCCUUUGAGGGAUUUGCAAGAGACGUGGGACAAUGCAGUACACAAAGCGAACGGUAAAGUCAAAGUCAUGCAAGACCGCCAGAAACACACUUUUGCAAAUCUUCGAGAGACGAAACAAGCCCUCGACCAACUCGGCACGCGCAGAGAAGACAUCGCCGACCAAAUCAACAAGCUCAAAAAGAAAAUCGAGAGAGAACGUCUCGAAAAAGAGACUUGCAAGACGAAUAUCGGGAAGUGUGAGGCGAUACUGGCGGAGCCGAGGGAGGAUCAUGAGGUUGAAUUGAGGAAGGCCAAAGAGGAAAGGAGGUAUAGGGAGAAAGAGAGGGAUGAGCAAGAGCUUGGUAGGCAGUAUGAGCGGGAGAGUCAUGAGUUGAAGGAUAUUGAUCAGGCUAUCAAUCGACUUCAUCACGAGAAGAGCACAUUCGAAAGCGUCGAAAGACGCAAAGAAGAUUCUGCCCGACAAGCCAGCCCUUCCAUCUCUUUCCUCCUCGACUACCUCAAAGAUAACCCGGAUAGCUUUGAGGGCAAGGUGCACAAGCCGCUUAUGAUCUCUGUCAAUGUGCCGAAUAGGCAGUAUGCUUGGCAGGUUGAGGCUUGUACGAAUUGGCCCCAACGUCAGACGUUUAUCUGCGAAAAGAAGGCCGACUACGACCACCUCAUCGCCCUCAACGGCAGGCCUCUCCCGCAGAAAUACAUCAAGAACACUGGUCGAUGGAACCCGCACCGGAACAGCGGUCCGCCCAAAGUACAGCUCUACUUGGCGUUGCAGGAGGUUACGACGGAUACUGUUAAUCCGAGCAGGCCUUGUACUGUUGAAAGGUUGAAUGAGUUUGGGUUUGAUGGGUUCGCUAUCGACUUUGUGGAUGCCGACCCUGGUGUUAUUGCAUACCUCCAGAGCGUCUGCAAGAUGCACAUCACUGCUGUCACUCAGAAACCUUCUGAAAGAGUGAGGACCGAUGAACUGCCCAGUUUGGGUUUCAAACAAUGGGGUACUGCAAAAGAUUGGACCCGAUCCAACCAGUCGACGUAUGGUAGAAAGGCGUACAGUCAGAUCAUCACUGCCAAGACGGAAUCUCGAAGUUUCAACAUCGUCAUUGACACGGAGGCUGUGGCGAAAAAGGUGGAUGAGAUUGCGAAACUGAGGAGGAAGAAGGAAGAGGCGGAACAGCCUCAUGGAGCGUUGAGGGACAAGAUCUCUGUUGUCAUUGGUCAGAAGAAGGAGAUCCAUGCUGAGGGUCAUGCGAUUGAGGAAAAGAUCAAGGCUCUCAUGUAUAGCUCGAAGCGAUAUACCAAAGCAGCGCAUGAUAUCCAACUCUUCAAAGAAAAGCUCGUUAGGCUCGAGGGACUUCCUUCCUACGAAGCCGAGCGCACCAAGUUGAAUGAUAUGAGGAUCAAGAAUGCCAGAGACCGACUUCGUCCCCUCGCAGCGUCCACCAACUACUGCGACACUGUGAUGGACAACUGUGCCGACUUGAUUGCCGCCACUUUCCGCCAAGUUCAAGCGACUACCAACAAGAAGAUGAUUGAUGACAAGGUCAAGUCUGGGAGUGCUCGGGGCAUGGUGCUGCGUGAUCGAUAUGAGACUGCUUCCAAGGCGUUCAACCGUGCCAAGGCGUUGACGAACAACAAGUGGAAUGAGAUCAAGGCCAGGCUCAAGCCUACGGACAGGACCGUGAGAGAGGAAGUGACCAAACGUGCCAAGGACCCCACCACCCUCCCCUCCGUCGACCAAGUCCUGAACGACCUCAACACCGUCAAGAACCAGCUCGAAAUGUCCGUCAACAUCCCCACCGCCGUCAUCAAGCAAUGGGAAAGGCGUACAAAGGAGCUCGAGGCGGCGCAGAAGAUUGUGGAUGAGGAAGAAGAGGAGCUUGCUGAAUUGAAGGAGGAUAUUACGGAUACUUUGGCCAAAUUCAACCCCGCUCUCAACACCCUCGUCACAGCGGUCAGCAACAAGUUCUCCGAGGCCUUUGAGCGAGUCAAGUGCAGGGGUGAAGUUGGGGUGGAUAGGUCGGCAGGGUCAGACUAUGGGAAAUGGGGUAUCAAGAUUAUGGUGGCCUACCGAGACUCGGAUGAUUUGGCGGUGUUGAGUGGCAGUCACCAGUCUGGAGGUGAACGUUCACUGGCGACGGUGACGUAUCUCAUGAGUUUGUCGGAGAUGUCGCGUACGCCAUUCUCGCUCGUCGAUGAGAUUAACCAGGGUAUGGACCAGCGCGCCGAGCGAGCCGUUCACAACCAGCUUGUCGAUGUCACUUGUGGUUCUGAAUCCGGGCAAUACUUCCUGAUCACUCCCAAACUCCUCAACGGUCUCGAAUAUCACCCCAAGAUGAAGGUGUUGAUCAUCAACAACGGUAUACAUUUGCCGGACCCUUACGACCUGACACAACGCUACGGCGCCCUCAAGGCUUCUCUCAACAAGUAUCGAUCUACCCACGGUAUCACCGCUUAG